UCUUGUCUGCUGAAAAAUCAAUACUCGAGUUUUAAUUUCACCUCAUUUGAUAUUAGACAACACUGCAAAUCUUACAAAGCAGCACGUAGCUUUCCCCUUAUGUUUCCUAACCUCCACCGCCACCGCCACCUCCUCCGCCGUCACAACCACCCCGAACAACCAGUUCCCACCUUAUAAACUCCCAAAUUUCUUUGCAAAAACCCAAACUUUCCCUUUGAAAAACAAGAAAAAGUUUUCAUUUCCACCCCUUCCUAAUGUGUAGAUCUAAAAAAAGCACAGAUGUAGUCCAACCAAGAUCAUCGAAUUCAUCUCAAGUACCCAAAACCUCAAAAUCCUCGAAAUUUUCAUCUUCUUUGUCUGAACCAUCUUCCAGUACCACUUCCAAGACCAACAAUUCAAUUCUUUCUUCAAGCUACUUCGACAACAACAUUUCAAAUUACUCAUUUUCAACCCAGACUUCCAAAAAUCUCUCAUCCAUCAGAGAUUCUCUCCCUGAAAAUCCCCACAUCUAUGAUUUCUCCGACAUCUGCUCGGCCACCAAUAACUUCCGGUCGAAGCGCUUUUCAUCGUCUUCGGCAUCAUCUUCAUGGCUCUGUAACCUUCAAGGUAAACAAGUUGUUGUUUUCCAAAGGAAAAUGAGACGUUCAAUCGAGUUAGCUAACUUGGUUCACACUCUAUCAGUGAUUUGUAAGAGUCACCAUACUAGUUUAAUCAAGCUUUUGGGUGUUUCCUUGUCAGGGAAUUAUAUUUAUCUUGUUUAUGAAUAUGUGCAUGGAAUUAACCUUGGAGAUUGUUUAAGGAAUCCCAAGAACCCAAGUUUUACCAUACUUUCUUCUUGGAUUUCUCGUAUGCAAAUUGCUACUGAUAUCGCUCAUGGAUUGGAUUAUAUUCACCAUUGUUCGGGUCUCGAAACUAGCUUCAUUCAUAACCAUAUAAAGAUCACAAGUAUUUUAGUAGCUGAAGGUUCGUUAAUGGCUAAACUUUGUCAUUUUGGCACUGCUGAAUUAUGUGGGGAAGUGCUGAAACAGGAGGGGUCGCCGAAAACUCUUGGAAGAUCGAAAAGUAAAGUUGUGAAAAUUGAAGGAACAAGGGGUUAUAUGGCACCUGAGCUUCAAUUUACUGGUUUGGUGACUCAAAAAUGUGAUGUUUAUGCAUUUGGGGUAGUAAUUUUGGAGCUUUUGAGUGGGAAGGAGGCUUUGAAGUUCUUGGUUGAUGAAGAGACCGGGGGGUACGAAAGAGUGAGUGUUAUAGACACCGCUAAGGAGGCAGCAGCCGGUGGUGGUGCAGGGGUGAGAAGGUGGAUAGAUAGGAGGUUGAAGGACUCUUUUCCGGUGGAAGCGGCUGGGAAGAUGGUGUUGGUGGCAUUGGAAUGUUGUGAGGAAGAUCCAGAGAAGAGGCCUGAUAUGAACAAAGUUGCAGGGCAGAUUUCAAAGUUGUAUUUGGAGUCUAAGAAUUGGGCUGACAGUAUUGGUUUACCUUCUGAUAUCUCAGGCUCAAUUGCCCCAAGGUGAAUAAGAACAUAUUUUACUCAGUUUUGACGAUGAGAGCGUCGAAUAUGUGUUGGCAUUGUGGCGGUCAAGAGAAUGUUCAAGUUUUUUCAUUUAUUUGGAGGUCUUUGGAAGAUCAUAUCCUUCAUACUCAGAUAAAGAAAGAUGGAGCAACAUAGAAGCAAGCCAUCAUGAUGCCUUUAAGCAAUUGAUAUUUGUACACAUUGUGAAUAUUAUACAGAUUUGAGAUCAUUUUUUGGUAGAGAUGUUUUGGAUCGUAAAUAUUGAAAUUUGAACCUACAUCAUAAACCACUAGACUGAACUUUGAG